GGCUCUGGGCGGUGCUGGGAUAGGCGGGCGGGCGCUGAGACGGCCGUUUCCUGUCCUGGUGCAUGGUGGUCGGACGAAGGAAUUGUUGGAAAAUUUCUCAGCGAGGUAGACAAUGUUAUUAGCCCAGAUAAAUCGGGAUUCUCAGGGAAUGACAGAGUUCUCUGGAGGAGGGAUGGAAGCUCAGCAUGUAACACUCUGUUUAACAGAAGCUGUAGCUGUACAAGAUGGAGACAACUUGGACAAUAUGGAAGGAGUGAGUUUACAGGCAGUUACUCUUUCUGAUGGAUCCACUGCCUACAUACAACACAAUUCAAAAGAUGGCAAAUUAAUGGAUGGCCAGGUGAUACAGCUGGAAGAUGGCUCAGCUGCCUAUGUCCAACAUGUUCCCAUGUCUAAAAGUAGAGACAGUCUUCAUUUAGAAGAUGGGCAGGCAGUUCAGCUUGAAGAUGGAACAACAGCCUUUAUACAUCAUGCCUCAAAAGACAGUUAUGACCAGAGUGCCCUGCAAGCAGUACAACUAGAAGAUGGGACCACUGCUUACAUUCACCAUACAGUACAAGUGCCACAAUCGGACACCAUAUUAGCUAUUCAGGCAGAUGGCACAGUGGCAGGUCUUCACACAGGAGAUGCUACUAUUGACCCAGAUACCAUAACUGCUCUGGAACAAUAUGCAGCCAAGGUGUCUAUUGAUGGAAGUGACAGCGUUAGUAGCACUGGGAUGAUAGGUGACAGUGAACAAGAUAAAAAAAUGCAGCUAUACCAAAUUGGCUCCACAGGCGAAAGGCCCUUCAAGUGUCCCUUUGAAGGAUGUGGUAGGUCAUUUACAACAUCUAACAUCAGAAAGGUUCAUAUCAGGACACAUACAGGUGAAAGACCAUAUUAUUGUACAGAACCAGGAUGUGGAAGGGCAUUUGCCAGUGCAACUAACUAUAAGAAUCAUGUGAGAAUACAUACAGGGGAGAAGCCUUAUGUAUGUACAGUCCCUGGCUGUGAUAAGCGUUUUACCGAAUAUUCCAGUUUAUAUAAACACCAUGUGGUACAUACGCAUUCUAAACCUUACAACUGUAAUCACUGUGGAAAAACAUACAAACAGAUUUCUACUCUUGCAAUGCACAAGCGAACAGCACAUAAUGAUACUGAGCCAAUCGAGGAAGAACAAGAAGCUUUUUUUGAGCCACCUCCAGGUCAAGGUGAAGAUGUUCUCAAAGGCUCUCAAAUAACAUAUGUAACGGGUGUUGAAGGAGAAGAUGUAGUUUCACAAGUUGCUGCUGUGACUCAGACUGGGCUGAGUCAGCAGGUGGCACUUAUUUCUCAGGAUGGAACUCAGCAUGUUAAUAUCUCUCAGGCUGACAUGCAGGCCAUUGGAAAUACUAUCACUAUGGUAACACAAGAUGGCACUACCAUCACAGUCCCUGCACAUGAUGCAGUUAUUUCUUCUGCAGGAACACAUUCUGUUGCAAUGGUCACUGCGGAAGACACGGAAGGGCAACAGGUUGCCAUUGUGGCUCAGGAUUUAGCAGCUUUUCAUAGUGCUUCACCAGAAAUUGGACAUCAGCAACAUGGACAUCAUUUAGUCAGUGCAGAAUCUAGACCUGUUACUUUGCUGGCAACAUCCAAUGGAACACAAAUUGCAGUGCAGCUUGGAGAACAGCAGUCUUUGGAAGAAGCAAUUCGAAUAGCUUCUAGAAUACAACAAGGUGAAACACCAGGAAUUGAUGAUUAACUCAUAACUUGGCUAAAGGAACAGUAGAAUUCUAUUUUAUUUUUGUUCAACAAAAGUCUAUGCCAGGUGAAAACCAUAACAUGUUUUUCCUCACUAAUACUGUGCAUAUACUUUACGCAACAGUGAAGAACAUUUAAAGUGUAUAAUGUUUGUGUAUAUGAACUUUGGGAAUACUGAAUUCCAUCUCUUAAGAUUCAUUAUUCUCUACCCAGGACAAAGAAUUAGGUUUUGUAUUAAAUUUACUUGCUUAUAUUCCAAACCAGACUAAAGACAAGCAACAGUCACAGAAGAAAUGCUGGAAAUAAUUUUAAAGUCAUACAAAAUCAACGAAGGCAUUAUUGAAGAUUUCAACUCUUUAAAUCAUAACAGCAAUCAUCAUUCAAAAAUCCUUUGGAAGCACGAAUUUAAUUGUUUUUUAUAUGCAGUUUUGAAUUUUGAAACCUUUGUAAAUAUUCCAUUUUAAUUGUGGUUCAUUCACAUGUUGAACAUUUACCAUUUUUAGUUUCCUCUCCUGUC